AUGGCAACUAACAUUACAAGUGGACGCUUUCUUGAUGCUGAUGAAGAAUCUUUAGCAAAAUCAAUAUCUUUCGAAAAGUAUGAAAAACAGCCAUUAGUAUCAUUUGAAGAGGCUACCCAAGCUUUAAAAUGUUUGGUAGACAAUCUUGAUAAAUUGGUGAAGAUGGCAAAGAAAAAGCCUUUUGAUCAGUCGGUCAAUCUUACCAAAGAUGAAGCAGCUGCUAUUUAUCUGUAUACAACCAAACUAGAGAAAUCUGAUACAAGUGUUUCCAUUCAAUUGAAUCAAGCACUUCGCUCGGGAGAUCAAGACCAAGUGAACCCUUGGUUUUCCUAUAUCCAGCUCUUUCUUUCUGCCCUAU